AUGGAGAUAUCUUUAUCAGAAACACCAAGUGUUUCUGUUUCGGACAUUAACUCGGCAGCCUCAGCUUUUUCUGUCCUUCAAGUACAUGGUAAAGCAGAUGCUCAGGAUGCUGCCUUAGGAUCUAUAAAAGCAGAAAACACUUCUCAACGUUCAUGUGAAGAAGCUUCCUCAAACAGACUACCUCUUAAUCUCCCUGAAAAGUGCUCUGGCAAAGCCAAUGACUUUGCAUCCUUCUCCUUUCUGAAAAAACUCUGGGAAAUUGUUGAAAGCAAGUACUUUCAGUCCAUUUCGUGGGCUGAUGAUGGAAACUCUAUAGUGAUCGAGGAAACACUCUUCAAAAGGGAAGUGCUGGCAAGGAGAGGAUGUCUGCAAAUUUUCAGCAUUGGCAGCAUGAAAACUUUCAUUCGUCAACUUCAUCUUCACGGAUUCUUCAUUAUGGAAGGAGAUUUGCCAAGAUCUGCUUCACGUGCUAAAUUCCAAGCAGACGAAGCAGCAGUUUCCACUUCUAGCAAGUUUCUCUACUAUUACAACCCCUAUUUCAAGAGAGAUUAUCCCCAUCUGCUAAGAAGAUUCAAGCGUAGUACUGGUAUAAAAAAGAGAGCAUCAGGUGCAUUCUUGAUGAACCUGGAUUUGAAGGAGGGCCACCUGAGCAGAAGCCCUCUGAAGAAAAAAGCAGGCCCUGCUGCGUCAGUGGGCACUGAGCUCCCUGGUAGCAUCCACAAUGCUGUUCUUGCUUCAUCUGCUGCUUCUCUGUAUCACACUGUGUCUUCUAUACCAAACGGCCCUUUUCUACCAGGGCUGGGACCGGAUACUGGAGCUGCAGGUGAUGGGGUUGGACGUCAACACAAUUUAUUCUUCAGAAAGUAUAGAUGCUAA